CCGACCCAGACCGGACCGAUCCCACCCCUAAUUGAAAUAUGCCAAAACUAUGAACCCGAGGGAUCCAAUUCCUUCAAAAGAAAGAAAACUGCCACUCAACCGUUCAGGCAACUAGCAAGAAAAGAAAGAAAACACGCAAAACUAAAAAGGCAAAACAAAAAAGGAAAUGGCAUUAGAGAACACAGAUCACCUUCUUCUCUCUUUCUGCUAUCAACGGGUGCCCUCCUGCAUCAAUUCUAUUUAACAUGUCAGAGAUAGCCCCUCCCUUCCUGUCUUUAAUUUAUUGAAAGUGAACUUCGUAUAUAGGCUGCUGUCUGAACCCUAGACCAGUUUUUGGGUAUAUUACUGAAUACUGAGGGCUAUCCGAUCGCAACCCAAGAUUUAAUUUGAAAUCAACACAAUAUUCUGACAAAAGUGUAAACUGUCAAAAGUGGAUGAGACACACUUAAGUAAUGGGAAACAAAGAAUCAAGAGUUGAUGAGUCCCAUGAUGCUUAUUAUCAACAAAGCCCAGAGAGUGCAAGAAAUGUAGCGGGAGCUGGAUACCCAUAUCAAUCUACAGCAUAUACAGGACAUUCCGGUGAUACUACAAACUACGAAGAUCAAGGUCCUUCACAAUUUGGAAGUUCAAUUAAGACCGAUAAUAAAAAGAAACCACAAGCCUCCUAUAUAGCUGACAACUUUAAUUCCUUGGACCAGGUGAUUAAUGCGUUGAGAGAGGCGGGCCUUGAAUCAUCAAACUUGAUUCUUGGUAUAGAUUUUACAAAAAGCAACGAGUGGGCUGGAAAACAUUCAUUCAAUCACAAAAGUCUGCAUGCAAUUGGUAAUACACCAAAUCCAUAUGAGCAAGCCAUCUCCAUAGUUGGGCGAACUUUGUCUCCUUUUGAUGAGGACAACUUAAUACCUUGUUUUGGAUUUGGUGACGCCACAACACAUGAUCAACACGUGUUUAGCUUUUUCCCUGACCAUCGACCUUGUCACGGAUUUGAGGAAGCUCUUGCUCGUUAUAGAGAAAUUGUACCUUACCUAAAAUUGGCAGGCCCAACUUCAUUUGCCCCAAUUAUAAAUGUUGCUACUGAUAUAGUUGAAGCAAGCAACAGACAGUAUCAUGUCCUUGUCAUUAUUGCUGAUGGACAGGUAACCAGGAGCCUUGACACACCACCUGGUAUGCUAAGCCCGCAAGAACAGGCUACUGUUGAUUCUAUAGUUGCUGCAAGCAAUUAUCCUCUUUCAAUUAUUCUGGUUGGUGUGGGAGAUGGACCGUGGGAUGAAAUGCGUCAAUUUGAUGAUAACAUUCCUCAUCGGAAUUUCGAUAACUUCCAGUUUGUGAACUUCACAUCCAUUAUGUCUAAGCACAUGGAUAUUGAAAAGAAGGAAGCAGCCUUUGCACUUGCUGCCCUUAUGGAAAUUCCAUUUCAGUACAGACUCGCCCAAAGCCUUCAAUGCAUGGAAAACAAAAAAGGUCCUCGCGCAAGGCCGCUUCCUCCUCCACGUGAAGUAAUUGACCAUGAUCAUGUUAUACUCGCAUUUCCACAUGCACCAAGCUUUGAACCAACAGCCAUCCUUGCUGCAGCAGAACAAGUUUGCCCCAUCUGUUUGACAAAUCAGAAGGACAUGGCUUUUGGUUGCGGUCAUCUGACUUGCAGGGAAUGUGGGGCCUCGAUAUCUUUAUGCCCGAUGUGCCGAGAGCCCAUUAAAACUCGUAUACGGUUGUAUGGUUGAGUUGCAGCCCAGCCCGGUAGCUUCUUCUGUUAAUAUAUUGAUGGAUUAACUUUGUCAAGAUACAAUAAAAUGAUGCUAUGAAAGCUUGUGUGUUGUACAGAAGUUCUCCUAGUUUUUCAGGUUUCUCAUUUGAAUUGAUGUUGUGUCCAUUUUUUAUGUAAAUAAACCCAGAAUAAAGGUUUAUGUUUGUACUUUGCAAUAGUGAAUAAAUAAAUUAUGAUGUAAUGAUAUAAUUGGAUAUUGUGAAUUUGUUUCUUCGUGCAGAAAUUUCAAUAUUUGUCCUUCGUAAUUCA